GUUGUCUCACGCACUAAACUAGCAGCAUGUACAUGCCUUAGCUGUAGCUCAUGCCGUGGUAAAUUCAUUCGGUCGUGCGAGCUUGGCAUGAGGAAGCCCGGGGCUCGAGAGGAUGCCAUCCUGCUGGACGAUCUGCCUCUGACCAGCCUAGAUCAGGCUCUUUCUCUCCGAGAGAGCUCCGUUGGAGAGCUCUCUGUGUUUGUCGCGGGAAGACAGUCUUCCCUGUCCUGGGCCCUCAGCUGCGGUGUGCGUCAUCUGUUCCGCCGACAACCCAUUGCCAUCUCUUUCCUUCCGCUUUUGUGUCGAUUGCAUCAUCGCCUUGGGAGUCACUUUCUCUUGCCGUCGAGAUGAAGCUUCAGAUCUUUCUGUGCCUUGUCGGCCUCGCUGCAGUGCGCACUGCUGCCCCCUUCGACACCAACGCGGCGGCCACUGCGGCCGGCCCAUCAGCUGCCGAUGCCGCCACCAACAAAACGGUAGGCAGGCUGCCUGUCACUGUGCGUCGGUUCUCUCUUCAUCUGCUGCUGUGAAUGUGUGUGUGUGCAGUCAGUGUCCACCCCCCAGGAGGAUCAUGAUGCCAGUCGUCUCGAUAACAAUGUGGGCAAUCAUCGCUGUGCUGAUACAUUUGUACUUGUGUGUAUACGAAUGUGAUGUAUGUGGCGUCCGUGUGUGUGCAGGUUGGUGGUGAGGGCGGCCACGGCGAGGAAAGCCGCCGCCGUCUGCAGCGCAAUGAGCAAGUCAUCCAGAACACCGUUUAUCACUAUGGCCCGUGUCACAGUGAGGUGCUCCUAGACGACGCAAAGAAUCUAGCUCGUGAGGAAGCAGACUCACGGGGGGACGAAUGGAACGUCCAGUCUGUACGGCUUGUGGGAGACCCCCGCUACAUUCCGGAUGAUGGACGGGGGUCGUGCGAAGGCGACGUGGAGAUCGUGCUUGUCAAGGUGCGAAAUACACACACGGCGUACACGCAAGUCACUUGUUGUCAUCGUGCGAUUCGACUGACUGACCGUGUUUUUACUUCUCUGAUAUGCGUGUGUGAACAGGGGAGGGAAAUCUGGGUUAGCAACAGCUGCAAUGAGCCCGUCGACCUUACCCUCCUUAUGAAGUCGUCGACAUUGGGCGUGUGGGUCUGCCCGACCUGGACGAUCCCUCCCAAUGAGAGCGAUUUCUUCAGGUCGAACGGCAAGCGUCAACGGACCGCAGGCACAAGCAAUCUCUACUGGCACGCGGAGAGCGCUUAUGACGGGUCGACGUAUGCGGGGAUGACGGGCGACCAUAUCAAAGAGUGCAACAGCUCUCCUGGUACGCGGGGGCGCUAUCUGGACAUGAACAAGGCAAGUGCAAGCAGGGACCGCAACAGCUACGGCAAUUGGAGCCUUAAAAUAACGUGCAAUCGGCGCCUCCGAGCGGCUACAACCGACGAUAAUCGGGCUGAUACCAGCUCGGUCGACGAAGCUUGAGACCACGUGGGAGCAAGGAAAGUGCGUGAAGUGUGUGUCCGGGGGGGGGGGAAGGGGCAUGCACGUUGGGGGACACAGCUGUCUGUCUGUCUGCCUACUCCUCUUCUGCCUGCUCGACUGCACGUUUGAUUGCUCGUUUGCUUACCUGUUUGUAUGAGUUGCGAAUGUAGUUGAGUAUCCUCUCCCUCUCGCCUCUCGUGGUUUGUCUGGUUUUGGCCGAAUGGCCUGUGUGUGUGUGUGGGUGGGCCUGUGGAUGGGUGUUUGGUCGGUGUCGCAUUUGAUAUGACUCGAUCUCUGUGUGAUGAGAUGGAGGGACGGUUUCCCCUCGUGCGUUCUGUUGAAGGGCUGGAACAGGCAAUCCCGCCUGUGCGUGCGCGCGUGUGUGGAUGGAUGGAUGGAUGGAUGUGUGUAUGGUGGCGCUCGUGUGUGUGUUCGGACCGUCCUGGCCAAAUUUGAUGAAGCCGAUGUGUGUGUUCUAGCCUGAGGAGUGGCUGCAUGAGUAUACUGCACACGGUUUGUUCGUAUGUGUCGCGUCUGUGCGUGGUUCAAAGAUUGGACCAGACACUUUAUGGGUGUGGAAGUCGUCGCUGAAUGGAUUGGUG